AUGAUGUUCUCUCGAUCUCUAGGCUUCUUAGUUACAGCAGCAGCCCUUGUGACAGCAACGCCUUUCAAGAACAAUGGAAGCUCCACAACAGCUCCCACCGUCACCAUAAAAAAUGGCACCAUCGCAGGCAACUACCUACCAUCUUUUGGCAUUGAUGAAUUCUUCAGCAUCCCUUUCGCUGCACCUCCUGUUGGUAACCUUCGUUUCAGACAUCCCCAGCCUCCGAGCAAAUGGAACGGGACACUCGAUGCCACGGAACAUGGGCCAUCAUGCCCCGGCUUUGGGCCGUUUUCCGAAGGACGGCCGUUAGAUGAGGACUGCUUGACCUUAGAUGUUGUCAGGCCUUCUGGCGGGGGAAAGGGUUUGCCAGUUAUGGUCUGGAUUUAUGGAGGAGGGUUCUCGGGAGGAGCGUCAGCGGACCCAAGAUAUAAUCUAUCAUAUAUCGUUAAUGCAAGUGUGGCCAUCAAAAAACCUGUUAUUGCCAUUGGUAUCAAUUACCGGCUGGCAGGUUUUGGGUUUUUGGCUGGACAGGAUGUUUUCAAUUCUGGAAACUCGAACGCUGGCUUGUUUGAUCAACGACAGGCACUAAGAUGGAUUAGAGAGAAUGUGGAGGCUUUUGGUGGAGAUAAAGAUAAGGUUACCAUUUGGGGCGAGUCAGCCGGGGCGUAUUCGGUAGGGUACCAUUUACUUGCAAAUAAUGGAGAUAAUGAGGGGCUGUUUCGGGCGGCGAUCCUACAGAGCGGAUCGCCACCGGGACCCACUUUGAAUUCAUUGGGGCACUUUGAUGAGAUGUAUAAUUCUGUCGUAGAUAUCCUUGGCUGUUCAAAUACUUCCGAUCGUCUCCAGUGCCUACGGGAAGUCCCUUACGAACAAUUAUUUGAUGCACUACAGCCACAAUUAUACACGUGGACACCAGUGGUUGAUGGUGAUUUUAUUCCGGGCUGGCCGUCAGACCGUAUGGCAGCUGGAAAGUUUGCGAAUGUGACUAUUUUGAUUGGUGCAAAUACUGAUGAGGGAACUGCAACGUUCUUUGGCCCUAGAAAUAUCAUUAAUACCACAGAAGACCUUAGAAACUAUCUCUUGAAUGGAUCACUCCCGGCCACAACUCCUUCUUCGGUGGAAAAACUUUUGGAAUUGUAUCCAGACGACCCCGCUCUCGGCUGUCCCUUUAAUACUGGGUCUGAGAGAUUCGCGGACCAAGGAUACCAGUAUAAAAGAGCAGCUGCUAUAGUUGGGGAUUACGCCAUGGAUGCGGGUAGAAGACAAACAUCUGAGGCUUUCGCAAACAGAGGGAACAAAGUUUUUUCGUACAGGUUUGACCAAUCACCAUGGAAUGGUAAAUUGAAAGACAUCACGGAGGUGGCUCCCGUGUAUUCAACCCAUUAUGCGGAGAUCGGCUUUGUCUUUAACAAUCCUAGUACAACCAUAUCGACAUAUGUGGGGCCAGAUCCGGCGGUGAAUGCAUUGUCCCGCUUGAUCUCGCGAAGUUGGAUAAGUUUUGCUCAUGAUCUAGACCCAAAUAACCAUGGAAUUCAAGGUGCCGCAAAAUGGCCUGAAUAUAAGUAUUCAGCGUCGAAUAUAGUUUUUAAUUCGAAUAGAACUUAUGUGGAGAAGGAUGACUAUAGAAAAGAACAACUAAAUUUUUGGGGAACGAUCUGGCAUGAGGUGGGAUGCUGA